AUGAGGACUUUCUCUCAGUUUCUCUUCCUUUCACUCAUUGCCAUAUGUUUCAUAUCUCUAACAGCUUUUGGUGCUGAUACUAUUCACCCUCGCGAAAAGGAAGCUCUUGAAGAUAUAGCUAAAUCACUUGGGAAGAAGGAUUGGAACUUUGAUAUUGAUCCCUGCAGCAACAAACCUAACUGGGUUACCCCUCCCAUAUCCAAAUUCGUAGAAAAUAGCGUCACCUGUGACUGCUCUGUUGCUGAUGACAACUUCUGCCAUGUUGUUUCAGUAACUAUGAAAGGGCAAAAUCUGCUUGGCACUCUCCCACGAGAACUGACCGGGUUGCAUUACCUUCAAACUAUUGACCUCUCUCGCAAUUACUUGAAUGGCACAAUUCCAAAAGAAUGGGGCUCCAUGAUGAAUAUUAGAAAAAUUGCCCUCCCCGAAAAUCGUUUAUCAGGUUCAAUACCAGCUGAGAUUGCAAACAUAUCUACUCUCCAAAUUUUGGAGUUAUGGAACAAUCAGUUGUCUGGAAAUCUUCCUCCUGAGCUUGGGAAUCUAACCCAAAUUCUAACACUGCGAAUUUCCUCUAACAAUUUUAUUGGAGAACUACCUGGGACAUUGACCAAGCUCACUACAUUGCAAGAUUUCCGAAUUGAGGACAACCAAUUCUCUGGAAAGAUACCUGAUUAUAUUCAGAACUGGAUAAAUAUCAAUACACUAGUGAUUCAAGGAAGUGGAUUAAGUGGGCCGAUUCCUUCUGGAAUUUCUCUUUUAAGAAACUUAACUGACUUGAGAAUUAGUGAUUUGAAUGGAUUUGAGUAUGCACCUUUGCCCGAACUUAAUAAAAUGACUUCGUUAAAAACUCUGAUUCUGAGGAACUGCAACAUCAAUGGAAAAUUAUAUGAGUAUCUUGGGACUAUUGCAUCUUUAAAAAUAUUGGACCUCAGUUUUAACAAAUUAAGUGGAACAAUUCCGAGUACCUAUGCUGCGAUGAACAGUUCGAAUUACAUAUUUCUUACUGGAAACCUUCUCACUGGACUAGUGCCUCCUACUUGGAGAAAGAAUACCUACGUAGAUCUUUCAUACAAUAACUUCAGCAUCAGCCAGGGGAGUCAGAUAUGUCGAGAUGACAGUGUGAACUUGUUUUCUACCUCAUGGGCACACAAUGACCUAGGAACAGUUUCGUGUUUGAGCCUUAAAUGUCCUAAACGUGAGUUUCUUCCUGCCUCCAACUCCCUUUAUAUAAAUUGUGGUGGAAAUCAAGCAAUAGUCAACCGAGCAACUUAUGACGGUGAUUCAGAUUCAUAUGGACCAGCUAGAUUCCAUGCCAGUCCAACAGGAAAUUGGGCAUUUAGCAGCACUGGUGUAUUCAUUGAAAGUGAUAUACUUGGAAGAACUUUUACCCCACAAAAUAUCUCUAAACUUACUAUGGCAGAUGCUGAGUUGUACAUGAAUGCGCGUAUUUCACCUAUUUCUUUGACUUAUUAUGGGUUUUGCCUGGCAAGUGGAAGCUACACAGUAAAUCUGCAUUUUGCUGAAAUAAUGUUCACAGACGAUCAAACUUAUGGUAGUCUUGGAAGACGCGUAUUUGAUAUUUAUAUUCAGGGAAAGCAGAUGCAAAAGGACUUCAAUAUUGCAGAAGAAGCAGGAGGAGUUGGUAAGAAAAUCAUUAAACAGUUCAAAGAUGUUGUUGUUUCUAGUAAUACUUUGGAGAUCCGUUUAUAUUGGGCUGGAAAAGGGACACAGGCUGUCCCAAAUAAAUCAGUAUAUGGUCCUCUUAUAUCGGCUAUCUCAGUGGAAUCUGACUCUCCACCUGGAAGCAUAUCUGCAGGAGUUGUGGUUGGAAUUGUGGUUGCAACAACAGUUAUUAUCAUUCUAGUAUUUGGUAUACUUUGGUGGAAAGGAUGUUUUGGAAAGAAAAACUCAUUAGCAAGAGAGUUGGAGAGUUUAGACAUUCAAACAGGUUUAUUUACCUUAAGACAAAUCAAUGCAGCUACAAAUCAUUUUGAUAUUUCCAAUAAGAUUGGAGAAGGAGGAUUUGGUCCCGUGUACAAGGGAUGCUUACCAAAUGGGACACUGAUAGCAGUAAAGCAACUUUCUUCUAAAUCAAGGCAAGGGAAUCGUGAGUUUUUAAAUGAGAUAGGCAUCAUUUCUGCUUUGCAACACCCUAAUCUUGUUAAACUCUGCGGUUGUUGUGUGGAGGGAGAUCAGUUGUUGCUUAUAUAUGAAUACUUGGAAAACAAUAGUUUAGCACGUGCUUUAUUUGGUCCAGAAGAACACCAAAUAAGAUUAGAUUGGUCAACAAGGAAAAAGAUCUAUGUUGGUAUUGCUAGAGGUUUGGCAUACCUCCAUGAAGAAUCAAGAUUGAAGGUUGUUCACAGGGACAUCAAAGCCACUAAUGUGUUGCUUGAUAAAGAUCUUAACCCAAAGAUAUCUGAUUUUGGUUUGGCCAAGCUUGAUGAGGAGGACAAUACUCACAUUAGUACUAGAAUUGCUGGGACCUAUGGAUAUAUGGCUCCUGAAUAUGCAAUGCAUGGUUAUUUGACGGACAAGGCUGACGUUUAUAGUUAUGGAAUUGUGGCCUUGGAAAUUGUUAGUGGAAGGAGCAACACCCUUUAUCAGUCAAAGGAGGAACCAUUCUAUCUUCUUGAUUGGGCACAUUUAUUGAAGGAGAGGGGUGACCUAAUGGAGCUAGUUGAUAGAAGAUUAGGUUCUGAUUUCAACAAAAAGGAAGCUAUGGUGGUAAUCAAUGUGGCUCUCCUAUGCACCAAUGUCACUUCAAAUCUUAGGCCCGCCAUGUCGUCAGUUGUAAGUUUCCUUGAAGGGAGGGCUGUGGUACCAGAAUUUGUUUCAGAUUCAAGUGAAGUAAUGGAUGAAAAGAAGUUGGAAGUAAUGAGGAAGCAUUACUUACAAACACAAAGUCAGUGCUUAAUAAGUGAUGGGCCAUGGACUGCCACAUCUUCAUCAGCUGUAGACCUUUAUCCUGUCCACCUUGAUUCUUCCUAUUGGGAAGAAAGAAAUUAA